AUGAGAAGAACUUCCAAACAAGCUGCAAAACAACGAGAAGCCAAUGUGCAAGUGAAAGACUUGAGGGCAAAGCUCUUCCAGGAGGCUGUGGAAGCUCUUCAAAGGGAGUCGGCAAGAGACCAGCAAGCUUUGGAGGAGGGGAAAGCCUACAGAAAGAAGUCUGCUGAGACGAUUUGUGAUGAAAUCAAUGCUUCAGCAUUAGCUCAAGCCCACGACAUCAAGAUCGUUGCACGUACAGUUCGAAAUGCUUUUCAAGAGCAGCGAGUUCAAAUGCAAAGGAAAGGUGGUGGUGACAAGAUACCACAAGAAUAUUUUGAUGCUCUCUGUGGUGCUGUCAAGUCCUAUGCUCUUCUUUCAGUUUAA